AUGUUACGUAUACUGUUCGGAGUGUUUCUGUUGUUUACGGUGUACACAGGAUCCCAUGGGGACGGAGUGUCGAGAGAGGACACAGGAUCCCAUGGGGACGGAGUGUCCGGAGGGGACACAGGAUCCCGUGGGGGCGGAGGGGACACACAGGAUUGCCCCUUCCCUUGUAUUCAUGAUGGAGUGAAGUACUGCCACCAUUUACCUUGUCCCCAUCCACCCUGUUCCAACCCAGUUACUACGCACGGAGAUUGUUGUACACACUGUCCCACAGAUAACACGACCGACCACUGUCCGAGCCCAUGCACACAAGGAGGACACAAGUACUGCCACCCUAUUCCGUGCCCGUUCCCUCCCUGUGAUCAACCUGUCACCACCCCUGGGGAAUGCUGUCCUCACUGUGACAGUGCUGUAGUAGGCAAACGCGAGGAGGACCAUGACUGUCCCCAUCCCUGUACACAAGGCGGGCACAAGUACUGUGAACCUAUACCAUGUCCCCUCCCACCAUGUGAUAAUCCCGUCACCACCCCCGGGGAGUGUUGUUCACAUUGUCCUAAUCGUACAGAGUGUCCUCACUCGUGUAAGGUCGACGAUAAGGUCUACUGCUACUCACCCGGAUGUCCCCCACCGGAACCAUGUCCAAAGUGGGUGCGCACACCUGGCGAUUGCUGUCAUCAUUGCGAAGGGGAGGGUAGAAAUGACGUGGUGAAGACGAGCUGUCCUCACCCAUGCGAGGUAAAUGGUCAUCACUUCUGCUUCCCUCCUCCCUGUCCACUACCGCCUUGUUCUAAUCCAGUCACCCUCCCGGGCCAGUGCUGCCAAACCUGCCCCGAAG